AUGAGACCGCUCUUUGCACUGUUGGAUUAUAUGGGUACGCUUGGGAACACUUUCCAUGAUGUGGUUGAGAAUAAGCACCAUUUCUACCAGCAACUUAAUUUCCAGCUGAAGGUUUCUGAAGUGCAUGUCCAAAAGCACUUGAGCCAACAAAAUGGCAACCAAGAAGAGAAAGAUGAUGAAAUACAAAUUGGCUUUCCCACGGAUGUAAAGCAUGUUGCACACAUUGGAUGGGAGGGUCCUUCUGCAAAUAGUACACCGAGCUGGAUGAACGAUUUCAAAUCUUCUCCUGAAGUCUCAUCCGCUGGGCAACUGGCUGUUAAAGAAUUGUCCUCCCAAGAUAUGCAUAAACCUGGCCAACAAUUGGUGGUGCAUCGAAGUGACAUUCCAAGGUCGAGGCGUCAUUCGCCUACAGAUGAACCUGAAAGUUCUCCCACCAAGAAGAUCUCUGAUGGACCAAAGAAGCAUUCUAGGCGCCACCGCUCCAAGGAUGGAGUAAUGGAUUCCCCUUCUCGAGAGGCUAAAGAAGGUAGUAGCCGUCAUUCAAGAAGAAGCAGGAAUUCUAACAACCUUGGAUCUGAAUCUCCCUCACAAGAUCCACCUGGGAUACCAAAACAAAGGAGGAAAAAGGGUUCCUCUGAAAGCGGGUCAGCAAGAUCAUCAAGAAGGUCAUCAAGAUCCAAAGGCCAGAAUUCUAUGACAGAUAUUUCAUUGGAAGGUUCAGAGCAUGGAUCCAAGAGUGGUGAGAGUCCAAUGCACACAGUUUUGGCAGGAGAGAAGGGUUCUGAGGGAUUUUCAGGAGGGAAUCUUAACUGA